CCACCGGACGGCUGUCUGUAGAAAGUGCAGGAAAACGUGCCACACAGUGACACACACAGCACCACCAUGCAGGCGGCUCGACCCGGACCAGCGGCGGCGGCAGCGGCGGAGAUGUAGAGAUGGAUUAGAAAAUUAUGUGCCUCUUCAUCAACAUGUUUCCGGGAGUUUUCUAUGCACUGCUGGCGGGUUUCCUCGGGGCCGUGGCGUCGUCUUCGGCCAAACUGUCCCUCGGAGCCGACUACCUGAAGGGAGUCUGUGAAACCGGACUCCGGACGUGGGGAGAGCAGCGGAAAUUUAGACAGGCGGACGAAACUACCGCCUGUGACCGGCUCCAUAUCCCUCUGAGGCUGCUGUGUGGCGGGCUGCUUUUCACCUGCAAUGCUGUGAUGUGGACCUUCCUUGCCAAAGCACUCAGGUACUCCUCUUCCUCCACCCGAACCACUGUGACCACCACCGCCUCCAACUUCAUAUCUUCCGCUUUCCUGGGGCAGCUGAUCUUUGGUGAAGCCCAGAUAACGUUGUGGUGGGUUGGGAUCUCCCUGACCUUCUCUGGGCUGUUGGUACUGCAGAGGGUUUCACCGCAGGAUGGACAUCAUAACACGGUCGCCAAGGAUGAAUAAUAUGCGUCGUCUCCACUAGCUCAGUGCAGCCUGGCUCCAGCUGGCUGUGGUAUGUGGUGCGGUUUUGGUCGGCAUCUCUUCUGAUUUUAACAUCUAGUCAAAGAAUAGCAAAAUCUUAAGUGUAUUUGGUCGAUUUUGUUCUUUUAUAAAAGUACAUUUAUUGAAUAAAGACUCUCUUUCUGCACUACAGUGAAAUAACAAGAAUAAUUUCCCGUAACUUUGUGGUCAUGUAGGCUGAGAAACACUGCUGGCUCAGCUGUGGUGCGGCCUUAUUUAGGCCUUUUUGUAAAAUCAGAGGACAUGUUGGCUUUCAGCCAGUCUGAGCGUGGCGCAGCUACAGUCUGGCUAGUGGAGACAAACUAAUGGAUGCCGGCGCCCAGCUUCCCAGAAGCACUAAAAUCAUCUUUAUCCACAGGCUUACAAUGAAGCAAAACUGAUACUAGCUUUAGUCAACAACAGCACAACAAGUCAUGAGCUAAAAGAACAGAUGUGAAAGAAGGGAGGAGAAGAAUUGGGAAAUACAAUAAUUUGCACUCUCAUGGCUGUAAGGUAGAUGCUGAUGCCAUUGGCUGGUUAGCUUAGUUUAGCAUAACGAGUCAAAACUAGUUUGGUUCUGUCUGAAGGUAACAAAAUCUGCCUACAAGCACCUCUAAUUAACUCGUUAUACCUCGUUUGUUUAUGUCUAACCACAAAUAGGGUUUUUUGUACGGAUUAAACUAACAAGAGGCAGAUUUUAUUACCUUUGGACGAAGCCCGGCUAGUUGUUUUCCCCCGUUUCCAGUCUUUAUGCUAAGCUAAGCUAACCGUCUCUUGGUUAUAGGUUCAUACUUAACAGACAGACAUGAGAGUGGUAUUGAUCUUCUCAUCUAACUCUCAACAACAAAGGAAAUAACGUUAACGAAAGAGACAUUUGAUACAUAUAUAGAACCUGUGUGCAUAUUUACUGAGUGAUUUGAAGUCAUUUUUUAAGGGUUUUGUUCAAUGGACAAAUAGCAUCAUUGGCUAUGCGCAUGAUGUCACCAUUUAUCCGCCUGUGCAUUAUACAUCACAGCCGUCAGAUCACCAAAGCUUUCUUAAUUCUCACAUACCUCCAUUUCCACCAGUGCAAACCUACGGCUAGUUCUGGGCUGGUGCUAGUCUCGGUUCAGACUUGGUUUAACUUAAAAACCUUUUAAGACCUGGUUUGCUUUUCCAUGGCCACCAUAGAGCCACGUCAUUACAUCACUGUAUACGUCUCCAACGUUAGCUGUUGGUCAGCUAACAUUACUGAAGCAAUGUUACUAACCUUGAAUGUAACAUUAAAGUUACAAACAAUGUUACGAAUGAAACAUUGAUGUUACGAAUGAAAGAAAUUAGUGCUUGCUUGGGUAAUGUUAGCUAACAUAUUAUGCUCGUAACAUCUAUGUUAUGUUUGUACCAAUGAUGUGAGACAUUAGUAGCUGACCAACGGCCAUCAAGCUAAAUAUUAUAUAUAUUCGUAACAUUAAUGUGAGAAAUUACUAGCUAGCUAGAGCUAAUAAAUACAUAGCUGACUGCCCCCCAACCCCUGGUGUAAGCAGUUCUUGGUGUUGGUGCCCCACUGGAACCACUCCUGGGCCCGUUUUUUGGGUGUCGAAAUGCAAAGAACUGGUUCAAGAUUAGGCGCCGGCUCCGAACCACCGCUCAAACUGCCUUGGUGGAAAAGAGGUAACAUGUCCUUAAGUUACUACGACACUUACUGUAAACAUCCUACACCGACAUUUUUUUGCAUGCUCGAGGCGAUGUUAUAAAUGAAGCACUUAGCGAACGAGGUGUAUUUUCACAAGUAAUAACACUAAUGUAGCACUGAAAGGCUCAUCCCUGGUAAGAAUUUGUUCUCUUCCUGGGUGUUUCUUUUACCUUUUUAUUUGCCUUUCUUGACAGCUUGAACCUUAACCUCAAGAUAUGAGCAUGACACACGUUUUCAGAGGCAGCUGGUCUUUCAUCAUAAUGAUAGAUGUGUGCAUGUUCCUACCAAGGCCUGAGCUCAAAUAUCUCACAACAGUUAAUCCUGGAGCGUCAGUCCACAUCAGAGCGACGUCCCUGUGAGCUGCUUCAUUCCAUUAAACUCAGAAUCUUGUGACUUACUUAAGUUGCCGAACUGUCUCUGCAGCAAAAGGCAUCACGUGGCCUCUUGAUUGCCUGUUGUUGAGCUUUAUGCGCCCUCCAUUUGCAAUCACAUAUUAUUCUGUUACACGCUAUGAUUAUCAGUCCAUUACUCAUAAUCUCUCGGGGGUUUCAUGCACACCUGGCGUAAUUUAAAGCUUCCCGUCUACAUCCCUGGAGUUGUCAGUGAGAGUGCAAUAACAUUAUACUUCCUUUAAACCUCAUAACACUGUGAUGUGUGUAACCGUGAGGGAGCUUUGAGCAUUAAUAACUGAGCAUAGGCAAUGGUAAUAUGCUACCAGAGGGAUGUUUCAUAAAUCAGCUAAGUAGUAUACAGGGAUUUGCCUGAACAUGACAUCAAAGGUUGCUUUAUUGAACAGUAUAUAAAGAUCACACUUUGCUGUUGUUUGGAUACAUAUCAUAAUAUAAAUGCAUAAUGGUAGCUAUAAUACCUGUCUGUAAUAUCCCACAGCAGCAAUGCACAAAUAUAUCCGAUGUCCUUCCAGCUGCUGCUGUGCAGGUUUUGUAUCAUGCGAUUUACAUGCAUCCCUAUUAAUGUGACUGCAGUGACAAUGUGAUUAUACAGCUCUCAUAUUAAAGGCCGGCUGAGUGAUGUUUCAUAGCAGGGCUGUACUCCCCACGCAGGAUUUCUUUUUUAUUAUCAGUGGAAAUCACUCACAGCCACCGAGCACAGGCAGCGACUUCAGAAGUGAAUUUAGUUGUUUGUGCCUCCGUGUUUUGGUACCCUGGCUGUGUUUGCAGUAGUAUAAAAAAAAUAUAUAGUUUUUUUGGGGGGAAGAUUAUGAGCAUUCUUGCCAAGAGUAAGCUGAGAAGAUUGAUACCGCUCUCAUGUCUGUACGGUAAAUAUUAACAUGGAGCUAGCAGCCAGUUAGCUUAGCUUAGGAAUGGAAACAAACAAAACAGUAAAGAUAACACGAUUAGCCUACCAGCCCCUUUAAAGCUCACUAAUUAUCCUGUUUUAAGUGUUUAAUCCAUAAGUAUAAAAACAGCUCUAGCUUUACGUUACUUUUGGGAAACCUUUUGGUCAACAACAUGAGUUGUCUGUACAAAAACUGUAAAAAGAAGAAUUUGGAAUUUUACUUAAGGCGAUGUGAGUAUAUCUUGGCCAGUAGCAGUGACUUCCUGGAGUCGUCACUGUGAUAUUGCUAACCAGCUAAUCAACAAGCAUGUUAAUUAGUGAGCCUUAGAGGAGCUGCUAGGUGAAAUGGACAGAGGCGGGCUAGCUGUUUCCCCUUUUCCAGGCUUUAUGCUAAGCUAAGCUAACUGGCUUCAAGCUUCAUAUUUACCGGACAGAUAUGAAAGAAACGGUUUUACUGGGGUGUUAUGAGCCAGACUAUUUCUUGGAGCGACCUGGCCAAGAAAUAGUCCGGCACAUUAUAAUUAGUGAGCUUCAUAGGAGCCUCAGGACAGAAUCAGACUAGCUGUUUCCCCUGUUUACAGUCUUUAUGCAACUAGCUGCUGGCUGUAGCUUCAUAUUUUACGUACAGACAGAGUGGUAUCAAUCUUAUUCCUAUUCUCAGCAAGAAACUGAAUAAUCAUAUAUCCAAAAAUGUUGUCCUUAACCUACCUUUAAUAUCGGUAAUCCUUGCUUAUGAUUCUUAAGAUUUUUUGGUGCCUGGCUUUUCUCCAGUUAACGGCAUGAUAUGAGGGUAAACCAUCUACCUGUGAACCCACUCUCACUGUAAUAUAGUCAGAGCUUUGCAGUAGCCACGUUUAUAGCUCUGUGACAGCGGCAUGGCCCUGAGUGUGAUGUAUUUAUAUCCGUGUGCACAUAAACUGUAGAUGUGGUUGUACAGAGAGAUUAGAAAACCGGUGAAAUACGAUCUUGACCUAAAAAGAUGUGUGUGUCACAUUAAUGAGUUAAUGUGCUGCAGUGCAAAAAACACCAACAGUAAAUUUAUCAGGACUUCUUGUGAAUCAGUAACAUUUUGACCUAUCUCUUGGUGUACUGUUGACACCGGAGCUUCUUAGAGGAGAACAAUCUUUCUUUGCUCAGUCUGAAUAUUUAAUGAGCAGAAUGAUGGAAAACAGACUGAUUUUGCAUUCGUUUGUUGGGAGUCUUUAACCUGAAAUAGGUGCAAUCAUGGCUUUAAUCUGAAGGCUGCUGCACUGACAAAUUGAACAUUAUGUUCAACUUUUUAACACAAAUUAAAACAGUGUGUUUAAAUGGAGUGACCCUGUUUGCUAUGAUAUAAUCCGUUCAUGAUGUGUUUUACAGAUUAUGUGAAAAAAACAUUUGUAAAAGUGUAAAUAUAUUCUGUUAAUAGGAAACACUUUAAAGGAUGUGUAAAUUGUUAUCUCCACUGGGAGAAAAAACACACACUGUUGAAUUAUUAAAUAAACAUCUCAUCUGACAAACAA